UUGAAAGGUAGGGACAGGAAGGUUUACAGGAGGUUUCCUGUAGGGGUUGGGCAGUGACAGACUGCGGUUAGAAGACACAUUACAACAAAGGGGGGAAAAGCCUAAGCUUCGUGUGUCUCACCUGCUCAGGCAAUGCGCAUUGGUUUGCCCACAGCAGAGACACUACAGGGUGGAUCCUUAAAAGCUUUGCUUUUGGUAAUGCUCCUGAGCCUGUUUAUGUUCCAGCUGCUGAGGACCGUGGGACUGAGGGCCUUCUCCAUGGCAUCUGAGACGUACACAUCAGGCACACACUCUGCUGCCUUUGUCACCUGUCCUAAUGACACAGUUGCUAGAGAUUUAGCCAGGGGUAUUGUGGAAAAGAAGCUAGCAGCUUGUGUCAACAUUGUUCCAGCGAUCAAAUCUAUAUAUGAAUGGCAGGGGAAGAUUGAGGAGGACAAUGAGGUGCUUCUGGUGAAUAUCAAAACAAGAAGUUCCAAGGUACCCGCUCUUGCUGAAUAUGUCCGCUCUAACCAUCCCUAUGAGGUGCUGAGGUCAUCAGCCUGCCUAUUGACCAGGUAA